GAUUUUGUUGUCGACCAUCAUCUUUGGGGCACAAGAUCUUGACAUGUUGAUUACUCUGUCGCGAAGGUUGACAUGGGUGUCACCGGCCUAUGGCAGAUCGUACAGCCCUGUGCCCGACCGAUCAAGAUCGAAACGCUGAACCGCAAACGUUUGGCAGUGGACGCGAGUAUCUGGAUCUAUCAAUUCCUCAAAGCCGUCCGAGAUAAGGAAGGAAACGCAUUACGCAACAGUCAUGUCGUCGGUUUCUUUCGCCGUAUUUGCAAACUUCUCUUCUUCGGCAUCAAACCCGUCUUCGUCUUUGAUGGGGGUGCACCAGCACUCAAGCGCCAGACUAUCAGCGCUCGCAAGUCGCGACGCGAGGGAAGACGAGAGGAUGCUGUCCGAACGGCUGGCAAGUUGCUCGCCGUGCAGAUGCAGCGACGCGCGGAAGAGGAUGAGGCACGGAGAAAAGCAAGAAAUCGAUCACGAGAGGAAGAGACGGAGGAGGCAGUGCCGGACGAAAAUCUCGUAUAUGCGGAAGAGGUGUACAUGACACAACAAGAGCGUCAGCAGAACAGGAAAUUCCGCAAGAAGGAUGCGUACCAUCUGCCAGAUCUAGAUGUUUCAGUGUCGGAUAUGGGCGGUCCGAAUGAUCCCAGAAUCAUGUCAUUAGAGGACUUGCAGGCGUAUGCUCGGCAAUUUGACACUGGCGAAGAUAUCAAUGUCUACGACUUCUCCAAAAUUGACUACGACAGUGCAUUUUUCACGUCAUUACCGGCAUCUGAUCGGUACAACAUCCUCAACGCAGCGCGCCUGCGAUCUCGACUGCGUAUGGGUCAUUCCAAAGAGCAAUUAGAAAGCAUGUUUCCAGAUCGCAUGGCGUUCUCAAAAUUUCAGAUUGAGCGAGUCACCGAGAGAAAUGAGCUCACGCAAAGAUUGAUGCACCUCAAUGGAUAUGAAGAUGCUACAUUUGGUGCAAAUGGGUCCGGAAGGGUCGCAGGUGAGAAAGGAAGAGAAUAUGUGCUGAUCAAGAACGACGGAGUAGAGGGCGGCUGGGCGCUUGGCGUCAUCAGCGAUGAAGGCAAAGCCGAUAAGCCGAUCGACGUCGACGCACCCGAUGCACUGGCGAUGAAGAAGGAGGAGCUGGAAGUGGACGAGGACGAAGACUUCGAGGACAUUCCAAUCGAAGGUCUCAACCGACUGCCGAAAAUUUCUGCACAAGCUAAGCCCAUCGAUCCCAUGACGAAGCAAAGGAAAGCUUUUUACCGCGAGCGAAAGUUAGGAGUGUCUAGGAAACCCAAGAGAGCAAAGCCUCAAGCGGACGGGAACUCGUUGUUUGUUCAGGAAAGCGACCAGGAUGAGGCAGAAAAGGAGCAGGCAUCUGCAGCAGAUGAUCUGUCCGCGGACGACAAUGACACUGCGGACGAGGAUGAAGAGCUGCAACGAGCUCUCGCCAUGUCGUUAGAGCGAGAAAAGACAGAGAGCCCGGCUCGAUCAGUGGACGAAGAAGAUAAUUCUGAUGUGCAAGAGGUCUUCCACCAAUCGGCAGCGUUAGAGCAGAAGCCGCUACCGAGCGGCAGUGGCAGAAGCAUCGCCAACAUUGUCAAUCGACGUGCAUACGCGGCUGCGCCCGAAAGUCGCGAGGUUACAUCCUUUGGAGUACCCGUUCCAAAGCCCGACGAAAGUGAUGAAGAUGAGGCCAUGGACUUGCAGGCCGCGCUCGCAGAGAGCCGACGAACGAAGCGUAAACCGAGCCCAAUUCGCCGUGAGAUGAAACCCCCAAAGCAUGUUGAUACUGCGAAAGAUCUCGCCAAGAAGGCUGGGUUUAGUGGUCCUUUGCCUUUCGAGAAGCUUGACCUUGGAUCGUCACUCCUCGGCAAGAAGAAAAUGCAAGAGCGGUCGGAGGAAGCCGCUGGUGGGUUUGUCAAUCCAGAGCUGGCAAAAAAGGAGGCGAAAAAAGCUGAGCCACUUCCUCCUUGGUUCGAGGGUGACAUCGAAAAGGACAUCAAUGCGCAGAAAGCAUUGGAGAAAGAAGACCGACAAAAGGCAAAGGAGUCCAGGAGACAAUUCGUGUUUCAGGAACGAGGGCCGGAGACUUUGCGACGCCUCAAUUCGACAGAAGUCAUCGACUUGGAGCAGGAUGAGCCAGCAAAGUCGUUUGCACGUGGAGAGCUGAUCGAUCUGGAAGCGGACGAAUCGAUGACAUACAAUGCUGUGUCAUCCUCGGCUCCUCGAGAGCAGACGGUUGAUUUUGUAGAGGACGGUCGUGUUGCAACACCAGAACCAAGCAAGGUAUUGUCUGAAAGUGGAACUUCAGAUCUUGCAGUUGCCAAUCCUGCUGAUAAAUUCGAGAAUGAUGCUUCGACUACGGAGAAUCGUGGUGAAUUGCAGGAUGCGAGCUUCGAGGCUCGUUCGAAUCAACCAAACGAGGAUGACGAACAAAUGUUAGAUUGGAGCGAAAGCGAAUCAGGACGCUCAGUCACUCGAACAGAAGCAUUGUCGCCUAAAGUAGCUGGCGAGGGUCCGAUGAAUGAUGGUACAUCUCACCAGACUGGCGCUCAGGAAACCGUGCAAAAGGUAUUGGAGCGCACUUCGAUGUCACCACGUUCUCCAUCUCCCGAAUUUGAGGAGGUCACUAUCCCAGACGCACCCUUGCAACGAAAGGAUGCGGAAGUGGAGACAGACCCAGGGCCAUCCACUAUGGUCGACUCGAAUCAAGAAAGUCUGGCGCUUUACCCGGACGACGAUGAGUUUGAUGAUUUCUCCGAUCCAGAAGAACUCGAAAUGCUCAAAGCUUUGACCAUGGAGGCUGAAGAGCACGCCAGAUUUGCAAGCAGCCUAAACAACAAAAGCCAGACCCAAAAUAUUCAGGAGUACGAGCAAGAGUUGAGACAGUUGCGGAGCCAGCAGAAAAAGGACCGCCGUGAUGCUGACGAGGUUACGCAUGUGAUGAUCACGGAAUGCCAACAGCUACUCUCUUUAUUCGGUUUGCCAUAUGUGACAGCACCGAUGGAAGCCGAAGCCCAAUGUGCAGAACUUGUGCGUCUCGGUCUGGUCGAUGGUAUUGUAACAGACGACUCCGAUUGCUUCCUCUUCGGAGGAACCCGAAUCUACAAGAACAUGUUCAAUCAGGCGAAAUAUGUCGAGUGCUAUCUCAGCUCGGAUCUUGAAAAGGAGUUUGAUUUGACACGAGACAAGAUGAUCGCGGUCGCUCAGCUACUCGGCUCAGACUACACAGAAGGCUUGAACGGCGUUGGACCCGUCACUGCGCUGGAGAUCAUCAGUGAAUUCCAGAAUUUGGAGAAAUUCAGAGACUGGUUUAUCGGCGUUCAAAUGAAUCAAGUCACCAAGAGCGACGACGCUGGGAACUCGUUCCGCCUCAAAUUCCGUCGUAACGCUUCAAAGAUCUUUCUGCCUACAGCUUUCCCAGAUCCUCGAGUCGACCUCGCGUACGUGGAACCCGAAGUCGACUCUGAUCCACAGCCUUUCCAAUGGGGUGUACCCGACCUGGAUGCCUUACGAUCGUACCUCAUGGCGACAAUCGGCUGGAGUCAAGAGCGCACUGAUGAGAUCCUCUUGCCUGUCAUCAAAGAUAUGAACCGUCGUAUGGACGAAGGCACACAAGCCAACAUCACCGCUUUCUUCGACGGGACUGUGGGUGUCGGCGCUGCCGCCCACGCCAACGGUGCUCGUGGGGAAGGCUUCGCGCCGAGGAAACGGGCUGACGGUAGCAAGAGGAUGGGUUCGGCGCUGAAGAGAAUGGCGGACCGUGCGCGAACGAAGCAGGGAGGAUCGACGGCCGACGAUGUGACCGGGGAAAUUCCAGAGCAAUCGAAUGUGGCGUCGAGUGCGAAGGCAGCGGCGCCGAAAGCUGGUAAGCGGAGGAAGGAGUCCGCUCGUGCGAACGUUGCGCCAGACGAGCAAUCUGGCUCUGACGACGACGACGACGCAAGCUACAAUGAGACGUCGCAGCGGCAGCAACCAGCGAAGAAGCGUACCAGGACUAGCAGGGCGAAGAAGUGAUGUGGAAGAUAUAUAUUGGAUCCAGCAUAGUGGAUCAGGCUUCUUGUCGACUCCAUACGUACCACAGCAUGUCAAUGAUUAACUUUACAUGUACCUAUGAAAUAUGACCAUGACAUCACUCCAAGACCGAUUGUACGGGGCAUCGCUUCGUAAAAUAUUAGGGGGAUUAACAAGCAGAGGAUAUCAACA